AUGACAGUGGGUCUGGGUGAAAUUGGAUUGGACUGGACUGAACCUGAAAGCUCCUGGGACAAACAAGAGGAGGUAUUCAGGCGCCUUCUCCAAUAUGCUUGUGUGGGUAGAGUGUUAGUUCUACAUUUAAGAAGUAAAAAUAGCCAUGACUCUACCAUCUACCACAAAGGUCUAGAGAUGGUCAAAGAAUAUUGUGCUGUAAGACAGCCUAUUCAUCACCAUUGUUUUGGAGGAAACAGCCAGGUAGUAUCAGCAUGGUCCAGUGCCUUACCUAAUUGCUACUUCGGGUUUACGGCUAAUGUGUCCAGUUUGGGACCCGAGAAGCUGUCGGCUGUUUGGAAUUUUUGUGUAUGA